AUGGAAUUGGGUAUUUGGAGCUUAGCAAAUGGACCCCCUUUCAAGUUCCUAGUCCCUUUAGUCUAUGCCCCUGUUCUCCCCUUAAUUCGACUUUCUUUGAGGAAGAAUCCAGUUUUAAGAGACCGGUUGUUUACUAUUGUGUUGGCUGGGGCUUUUGUUCAUGGUUCUUAUUUGGUAGCAGAUCUAUAUGAUGUUGAGAGCAAGUGAAGAAGCAGAGUUUGGCUUGAGAAACUGAUUAUAUCUCCUUCAUCAAUUAUUCUUGUUUGCCGGAUCUUAUGCAGCUUGAUCUUCUGAAAGUAGAAUGGCUUAGAACAAAUUGAAGAUUGUAAUCUUCUCAUUCCUUUUAUUGUGAAAUGAUAAUUAUAUCUUGUAUUUAUGAUUCUUUUGGGCCAAAGAUUUAAGGGCUGCUCAUUGCGGAAUUAGUUUCAAUUUUCAAGAGAAAUAAGAGAGAAUAAUCUGCUAUUGAUGAAUUGUAACUGUUUUGUUGUGGAAAAUAUGAUGUGAUUGAUAUGCAGGCUAAUUCAUUUUAAGUGGGAGCCUCUAUGCAGUAAAUUAUGCCUGAUAUUUCAAGGUGAAAGAAUUGGUAAGUCUAAUGUCUUCAAGAAAACACUGCCAUCCAUGCAUUAUGCAUUGCUGAUCUGGAUCAUUCUCUUGUAAUGCUUUUGAAGACAUUGACUGGCAACAAAAUUUAGAUUUACUCAUAAGAUAUUGCAUUUCAAGAGAAUUAUUUUUAUCGGUUAAACCCACCAUUGUUGUCAAGGUUGCAUGAUUUUGAACUUGUCGGGAUUCGGACACGCGGGGGUUUCGGUUUAAGCAGAACUUAGAGGAAACAAAAGACAAGUGGCUGGUUGCUUGGGUGCUGGACCACAGUAUUGAGUGCUCCUGGCAAGAUUCUUGCUUUCUUGGACAUUUCUAGGUUCCAGCUUUCUUUAUCAGCACUUUUUCUCUCAAUUUUCAUGUGCAAAUUUAAAAUACGCGGGAAGAAAAUUUCUCUUUUUUUUUCUUCCCUAAAGCUCAAACAAUUUGUGCUAAAUUUGUGUUUGUGACUUUCAAAAUCAUCCUCAAGAGUUGUGGCCGUCAAGAAGCAGCUUAUCUUUUACUCCAUCCCUCCCACCCCUUCAGACAAUAACAAAUUCCAUUACAGCUCUGUGUGCUGAAACAUUUGGCAGCUGCCUAUGUGUGAAAGCACAAAUUGAUUGUACCAAUCAGCAAAGUUAAAACCGAGGAAAACAGUCCUGAUGGCAUCAUCACAAAUAUCGUGAAAAUCUGAAACUUUGGCAUAUUCCUCUUUUGAUACUUUGAAUUCCUCGUAGCAUAUUUGGCAACUUGGAGAUUCUUAUUCAAAGAUCCAAACAUGCAAUAGUUGCUACUUUUUAUUAUGUUGAUGAUCAAUUUACACUAGCAUCUCAACGGUCGGAUGAGUUGAGA